AUGAAUUCCCUUCGGCUUUACGUUUCUUUUGUUGUGUUGAUUACUGUUGCUGACUCGGUGAUGCGUCGAGGUGAGUGGAAAAGUGAAAGGCCUUGGCUUUUUGGGUCAACGACAGUUCGGGUUUACGAUAGGCAAUCCGUUGGGUUGCCUCAAUUUGUCAUUGUAUGCAUGGCGGAGGCUAAGAAAAAAGGCUUGGUUAAUAGAAAAAAUGCGAUUUUUUUUGGGUUCUGGGACAGUUUAUUAGCCGUUUUGAGGUAUUUUACACGUAUUACUACAAUAAUCUCUAGAUAAAACCUACGGAUCUUAAUUUUCUCAAACAGUCUUUGGUCCAUUCCAUGUUACAAUAGCCCAGAAUGAAGAAAGUUAAGGUAAGUAAUAGCUGAAAUUAGAAACGAGGUCGUGACGUAGAUCUUUGCGUAGUCUCCGCCGAGCCUUCGCCAAGCAUCCGCCAAGCAUCCAGCGGCUUUAUCAGGCCUCGUAGAGACCUCCUACAACUUUCACUUGGGCCUCCACCUGCCAUAGCCUUCGUAUCGGUCGAUUCUCCGUUGAUCCAAGCUGUCGUUGACCCGAAGCUUUCCAACACUUUUUAGAACUCCAACGACGAAAAUUUGAUCUCAAUUUGGACAAGCUGGAGAAGUUCGAAAAACACGCCAUAAUACGGUUGAUGAUAAAGAUGAAAGCGAAAAAACUCCUCCGGGAGAGGGACCACAACUCUCGAAAGCUCUAUGAAAUUUGCUCUCGAGAUGCAAAGCGAAUCCCCGAGCUAGCGCAAUGCGUUGUGAAUCUUAUGGACAAGACCGACGAGCUUCCAAUGAUAAGUUUUCAAAACGAGGACAAUCCAUUUAUGAUGUUUUUACGGCGAAUGAAGCGAGAACGACCUCGGCGGAGCAUUGGGUUGAGGAAUAACCCCGUGCGAUGGAGGAUUAGUCGAAUUCAGCGGGUCGAAAGCAGGCAGGUGGAGUAUCAGAAGCCCAAGGUUGUUGAUGAAAAUCUUUGGCCGAGGCAAGAAGAAGGUACGAAGACUAAUAUGGCCUGGACUAAAAAUCAAGGAGAGCAGAAUGAGAGUGUUGAUCAAACAGCCAAAGCAGAGCAAAAACAAAACGAUCGUGAUGAGAAUCUAUGGCCAGAAGAACGUCACCAAUAUCCGAAAUCAACAACAGCUCCGGCAAAAAAUCUAUGGCAACUCCGAAAGGAGGAACAAGGGAAAUUCACAGAGCCUACGUCUUCUUGGGCUAAGAAAAGAACGGAGUUGCCAGAGAUCUUCAAGAAAAUGGAGAAAGUGAAGAGUUACAUGAGCAAAGCCGCCGAAUGCCACAAAUUUCUUGAUGACAUGGGAAAACGCACAUCAAAGUGAGUUGCUGAAUACAGACAAUCGCAAAAAUGGGCUCGAAAGAUAACACACUGCUUAUAAGUUUUCCUGUGGAGAGUGCUUAGCGUAAGAAAUUUUCAAGGUACAACGCAGAGAAGAGAUUUUUUUAUUUAAGCUUUGCACACACGUAUCAGCUAUACUGCUACCUUGAGCAAUUUUAUGUCGUGUUGGGCCGGCGCAGUCGGAAUUUUGAACAGUCUUUGCAGACGAGGUAGGGCCCGAAGUGCGGAAAAAAGUAUGAGAAAAAAUUCUGGCCUUCUUUUUUUCUAUUGCAAGGGGAACAUUUUCCAGUUUUUUGUAGCAAACUUUACAUACUCGAAAUAAGAGCAAAGCGUGCCUCAAAAAAAGGACCAAAAUCGAGGUCCCUUUCUUUGACGUUCAAAAAAACCAUGGUAAGUAAUAGAUAUGGCCAUGAAAGUCACAGUACUAGGGACGAAGAACAUGGAGAAUUUAACGGUGAAAGAAUCAUUUGGCUACACCUAAACAUUUUCGCGUCAGGAUCCAUGAAAGAAGUUUCCGUUUUUUUCUGGCCACUUUUUUCUGGCCACCCUGUAAUGGCCUAUUUCUAAUUUCAGGUAUCUCGCAGACCUAAACCACACCACAGUCUUUCAAACAAAAGCGCCCAGCCCCUUCUCGGCAUUCGAAAAGAUUGUCGGCAUGUUUCAAUCCGACAAAAUGUUCCAAAGAAUGUCGAUCCUCUCUCCUCACUUAUUCAACUUGUUUCCCAAAGGCAAACCGCUUGGUCCGGAAUUUUUGUCGCCGGAAUUGUUGAGCUUCCAUGACAAAGGAUUCUUCUCACUCCAAUCGAUUUUUCAAGUGAGCUUUUGCAACAUUGUUAUAUUUUAUCGAUUAAUUUUAGAGCUCACAAGUUGGAGAUAGCGAAAUGUUCAAGUGGAUGGAACUGCUGAUGCAACUGACGGGCGCUUCUAAGAAGCUGGAUGAGCUGUUAACAACUAAUAAAGAUCAAAUUGAAUACAUUGAAAAAGUGGCCUAUCCAAAAGUGCAAGAGAUCAAGAAGCGGAUACGAAUUUGGGAUGAGGUCAAAAGAAGCUACAGUAAUCAACAACGAGACCAGUUGGAAUCUGACGGCUACACCUUUAUUUCACCGGGACAAGCCGAGAAGCUUUACGGAGCAGCUUCGGAAGUGUAUUAUUCGAGUCCCGAGGAGCGUGAGAGGUUUCUGGAAGAGAGAAUUCGACAGCUAGCGACGCUGAAAGACUAUCAGGAUCAUGAAGAAAACCAACGACCCAAAAGAGAGAUUGCAGAGCCACCGAAGCCAGAGUCCAAGGGAUUCAGAUGGUGGAGUCCGGCGGUCGAAGGGAAGAUCCCGGAUAUCAGAACGCUCGAGCCGUAUGCCUUUGAAGGCCGAUAUGGCGGAGGAGUUGUACUUGAUGGACUGAUUUUGUCGCCGUACGCCUUCACCGCGGAGAUUGUGUCACCAUCGGUGUUGUCGGCAAGUUUUUUGAUAAAGCGUGGCCUAAAAAACAACAAGCCUUUAAUAUUUCGAGAAAAGAUUAACAAAACACGAAUUUUAACUAACAAAAAAUGAGGCAAUAAAACCGCCGGAUAAUUAUGCAUCCACCUAAUAUAUUUUUUACUUUUCAGCUCGAAGUCCUUUCACCGAACGCCUUCCUGGCCUCCAUUCUCUCUCCGUUGGCGUUGUUCUCACGUAUUUUAUCGCCAUCCGCCUUUCGAGCCGAGAUCCUCUCACCUCAAACCCUGUCAUCGUAUAUUUUGACGCCAGAAGUGUUCGUGGCCGAAAUUUUAUCCCCACGAUUUCUGGACCUUCGAGCUGGCAGUGGAAGAGCCUUAUCUGUGGAGAUUCUCACUCCUUGUAAGUUUUCUACGCCAGCGAUAGCGCUAAAUACCGAUUUCAGAUAUUGUUUCUGCCAAAUAUCUGUCUCCCGAAUACCUCAGUGUCUACGUUUUGUCGCCGAGCAUUUUAACGCCGCAUAUUGAGAGCUCGGGCUAUUUGAAUGUUGAGGUAAGUAGUAGACAGUGUUUUCCGUCAUGUUUGUGAAAUUAUAGAUACUCUCUCCGCACCUGCUCAGUGGCCAUGGCCAUCCCGGUCAUGAUACGGAAGAGAGUCAUCAUUUCAGUCCGGAGCAUCAUCAUGAACAUCAAGAUAAUGAAUAUCAGCAUCUCCUCAAUCUUCCACAUUCCUAUGGGUAA